UAGACGUGUGUUUCACUGUGGUGUAUUAUGAUUAUAUCUUCUUAAAACUUUUCAGAAGGUAUUAUGUCUAUUUGUAAAAUGAUUUAAAUGCUGACUGAUUGGCAUCUGUGUAUGUAAAGACUCCAACACAGGAUCCAAGUGUAUAGACAUGAACCAUAAUAUUCGAUUCAGGCCACACCAAAAAGCUGAAUUUCUUCACUGUGAGAAAGGCUUUUACUCUUGUAGACAUGCCGGGGUAUGGACACAAUGCCCCCCGGGACUUUGUAGAGAUGGUUGAAUCGUACCUUCUCGAUCGCCAGAAUCUGGUGAGGACAAUCUCACUGGUGGAUGGAGGUGCAGGUCUGCAGAAGGCAGAUUUAGUUGCUGUGGAUAUGUUUGAGGUGUUCAAUUUACCUUAUGUGUGCAAUCCAGUUCUCUGGGAUUUAUCUGCUCAGGUGAUUCAUAGCACAUGUGAACAUGCAAAACAGUCGUGAGUGUACCUAAAUCCCAGUGAAUGGGUAAAACCUAAUGAAUGGAUAACAAAAGGACUUCUUACUAAUUUGAUCUCUCCCUUGUUUGUUGUAAACCUGGUGUGCUAUGGUCUAUGUUACACACUUUUCAGACAUUAUACUUUUCCUAAAUUAAUUGUGAUGAGGGUUUUGUCAUUUCACCUGAGGGUUAACAUUCGUAUUAUCAUUGAUUGCACAAAAACCUUUUGUGGGGUUAAAUACCAUGCAGACCUCUUUUUAAAGUUACAGUUGGGACAUAACAUUUAGCAAUUAAAAGGGACCUUCAGCUGAAAGAGCCUUAAACAAGCGAAUGUUUUUAUGUUUUUAUUUUUUUACAUACCCUGUGAGAGCAAUAUGUACCAAUUCCAUCAAUGUACUUUGCACCUAAGUGUCUUUACAGAUGUUAUACUGUUUAUGUAGUUAUAUAAGCGCCUAAAACUGUUUAUUUUUUUUAUUUAACUUUAUGAACAAAGGUAAAGGUAAAUGUGUGUGUGCAUUUUUGUAUUGAAAGAAAAGUGAGUGAAGUAUCAUGCAAUACAGUUUAUGACUUUUUUUUUUUUCAUCCAUAUGACGCACAUACAGCUUUGGGUCAGGUAGGCAUCAUGUCUUCUCCACUCAGAAACAGCGGGUGUGGUGAUGGUCCAGGGCCAUACCUGGAGAAAAACAAUAAAAUUUAUGUGCCACAGUGUUAUAAAAUGGCAAGAGGGUGCAAUUGCAUUUAUUGUGUCUAAACUUAACCUCAGCAAUUACAUUCUUCUUUUUUUCGCCCACUCUCUUUCUUUUAUGUGUUGGUAUUUGGACACUGACCCCAUAAAACAUUUGCAGCAAGUUAAUUAUUUUUCAACAUUUUUUUUCUCUAAAUUUUAUAGACCCCAGACAUAUAUUAAACCUCUUAGAGACAGGUAAAAGUUAACUUUUUGUCACCCGGGAUGCAGGAAAGAGGGAACUGAAGGGGUAAAAGAAGGUGUUUCGGAAAAUGUAUAGAAACAAUCUGGAAUCUUAACUCAUUUUCACAAAGAAACAUCAUCUCUGCAACAUUUCGAUUGGAAUCUACACCAUCUUCCCUACAGGAUCCUACUUUUAUUUCUUCACCACUUCAUUCAAACUCAUUUUUGUCAACAUGUGCGAGCAACCAGAGCCCGUCUGCCCCGUAAAUGCCACCAUCUGCUCAGGCACGUCCUGUCUGGUGCCCUAUGAUCCGUUCAAUGACAUCCUCAACCUGGUGAUGAGCACCACGCUUACCAUCAUGCUGGCUUUGGUCAUGUUUUCAAUGGGUUGCACUGUCGAAGCAAGAAAGCUCUGGCAGCACAUCCGCAGGCCCUGGGGCAUUGUCAUUGGUUUCCUGUGCCAGUUUGGCAUCAUGCCUUUCACAGCCUUUGCGCUUUCAUUGAUUUUCAACGUGCUUCCAGUCCAGGCUGUAGUUAUCAUCAUCAUGGGCUGUUGCCCUGGAGGUUCCAGCUCCAAUGUUUUCUGCUACUGGCUUGAUGGAGACAUGGACCUAAGCAUCAGCAUGACAGCAUGUUCUUCAAUUCUGGCUCUGGGAAUGAUGCCUCUUUGUCUGUUCAUCUACACCACAGUCUGGACUUCAGGCGAUGCUGUCCAGAUCCCUUACGACAGCAUUGGAACCACACUAGUGUCUUUACUUGUGCCUGUCUGUAUUGGGAUGUACACGAAACACAGGUGGCCCAAAGCAGCCAAAAAGAUCCUCAAGGUGGGAUCUGUGGUAGGAAUCUUCCUCAUCAUCAUCAUUGCAGUCAUAGGUGGUGUUCUGUAUCAGUCCUCAUGGACCAUUGCUCCUUCGCUUUGGAUCAUCGGUACCAUUUAUCCAUUUAUUGGCUUUGGUCUGGGCUUUCUCCUGGCACGCUUUGUGGGACAACCUUGGAACAGGUGCCGCACCAUCGCUUUAGAAACAGGCAUGCAGAACUCCCAGCUGGCCAGUACUAUUACCCAGCUUUCCUUCACUUCUGCAGAGCUUGAGCUCAUGUUCGCUUUCCCCUUAAUCUACAGUAUCUUCCAACUGGUUGUAGCAGGGAUUGCGAUAGGACUUUAUAACGCAAUAAAGCGCCGUAGGCGAGGGACAUUGGCAGAGGAGGAUGGGGAAGGUGCACAGAGCACAGUUGAGGAUCAGGAUAAGCAGAAUUACACCUUGGAGAAUGGUGGCUUUAACUGUGAUGAGAAUCGCAACACUGAGAAUAAGGACAAAGGUACAAAGUUGUGAGCCAAACAGCAUUCUUCUAGCCUGUGUAACCAGAACGGUCAGCACUAACCUUCUGGAGGCAUGAACUUUGAACUUGCUAUUCAAGCUCAACCAGAGAGUAUAUGGAUAAACUCAACCCCAGUCCAGACAAGUGGAUGCACUUUCCCACAUUAUAAAAAAAAAAAAAAAAAAAAAAAUAGCGUUUAAACAUGUUUUUUUAUGAUAAGUAUGCCCACGGGUAUUUUGCUGUAUUUUGUCUGUGUAUUUUGUGUUGUUUUUUCUUUGGUCUGCAAAUUUCACUUAAAAUACCUUAGAUUCAGGAUAUUUACUGAAAUACGCCGACUCUUCUCAAAUGCCCUAAAAAUGCUAGCAAUUCCUACACCAAUGUAAUAAAUGUGAAAUAUUUAAUAAUUUAAGAAAACAUGCAUUACAUAUGUCUAGUAGGUUGAAUGUCAGCUCAUUUAUUUAAAUGUUAUUUUGUAUACACAUAAUUGUAAUGGACCUUUAAUGUUUUGCUUUUUAAAUUAUGUAUAACACAGAAAAUGUGUACUUGCAUUGUAAACCUUUUUUUUUCUUUCUUUUAAUUGUGUUACGUUCCCACUUUCUAGUCUGGGGGCAGGAAAGAAACGUAACAAAAAGUUGUGGGGAGAGAGUGAGAGCACUCCCGUCCCAGGACAAGCACAAAUUGCUUUAAAUUAAGCUUUAAAUUACUUAACAUUUGAACAUUAACAUAAACAUUGCUUACAAGCUCUCAAAACAUUUAGACUGCCAUUUCAUGCAAUGUGUUUUACUUUUUCUAUUUUGUUGGUAAUAUUUAUAUGCAAAACACCAUAAAUAAAAAAUGAAUUUUCAAAAA